AUGAUUGCUAAGAUAAUAUUUAUUUUCUGCUUUAUUAGUGUUGCAUACUGUGGAUCACUUCAAAACCAAGCAUGGAAUCUUGGAAGACAUGGUACUAUAGGAACUUAUAGUAGCAAUAUACCAUCUGGUUAUGGAUCAGGACUCGGUUACAACGGAUAUGGUAUUCAAAGCCAGGGAAAUGUCUAUAAUCCUACAAACUAUGGUACCGCUGUAUCUCAUGUGUCCAUCGUUAAAGAAAUUUCGGCUGCUCGUCCUUACAAUAAUGGCGGCAUUCCAUAUUCAAAUUUACCAAUAACAGCUACUAGGCUGCCAUAUUCUGGCGUUGGUACUGGGUUACCUAAUUCUAACGCAGUUCUGCCUUAUGUUGGCGCUGCAGUUAAUCAUGCUGGUAUUGUUGGACAAAGUCUUGGUGUCAACUCGCUUUAUAAUGGUAUUGGAUAUUCUCAAGCUGGUGCUGGGUACUAUGGAGGCGCAGCUGGAUAUCCUAACGCGAUUACUAAUAACUAUAACAAUGUAAAUGGCUACUCAAAUGUGGGUGUUGCUACAUCUUACUCCAACAUUUAUAGAGGACCACAACAGGCACCAGCCUAUGGAAGCAACAGAUAUAGCGCUUAUGGCAAUAAUCAAGUUUGGUGA